GAAAUUAGUUUCAAAGUUAAACGCUGCACUGUCUAACACACAACAUUAAAAUAAUCAUGUUGAGAAUUGUUGGUUUAUUCUGUUUGGUCCUUUCGGUCCUUGCCAUUGAGCAAGUCGCUGAUACUCCACAACAACACCAACGAUCCAAUGGUGGCCUUCAAAGUUUCAAUGCUGGCAAAAGGCAACCUGGCGAUAAACUAAUUUGGGCAGGAAAGGGAAACCAAGUAAUUGAUUUUGCCAGGGCUAUUACGAUGGAAUUACCAUUCCCAGAGUACGGAAAAAUUAAUAAUGCCGCUAUUACGCAAAUUUCAGCAACCACAAUGUUGGAUUCAGGAAGCUCACAAUUUUCAAUUCAAGGUGGUGGAGUUGGGCAGAAGAAUGUCGAUUUGAAAAUUGUCACAAAUGGAGCUCAUAGAAUCACUUACAAUAUUGCAAUUUAUGGAAAGUGAAGUCCAUAAUUGAUUUUUUUUAAAUAAAAAUUGAUAGCAAAACCUAGAAAAAACUA